AUGGAGAGUACCAACCAAACAGUUAUUCAAGAAUUCAUAUUCAUUGGGUUAUCAAGAAAUCAGACAAUCAAAACUCUCCUUUUUGCGUUAUUUUUCCCAGUGUACAUUUUUACCAUAUUUGGAAAUGGCAUUUUAAUCUUUAUAAUUGCUCGAAGCUCUAACAUACACACCCCGAUGUACUAUUUCCUCUGUAAUUUGGCCUUUCUGGAUACCGUCUUCUCUACAAGUACAGUUCCCAAACUGUUAGUGGAUUUAUUAUUAGUGGAAGGAAGAAUCUCCUACGUCGGGUGCAUGAUACAAAUGUGUAUUGGCCUAUUCCUAGGACAGACAGAAUGUAUCCUGUUGGCAGUAAUGGCCUGUGAUCGCUUUGUAGCCAUCUGUGUUCCACUGCGCUACUCAGUCAUUAUGAGCUGGAAAUGUUGUAAAUGUGUCACAGCUGUUACUUGGGUUCUAAGUUUUCUUUCAAGUAUUCUUCCUAUUUUGUCAAAACCUGUGCUUUUCUGCAGAGAAAACAAACUGAAUCAUUUUGUGUGUGAGCUCUUGGCUGUAGUAAAGCUAGCUUGUGGAGACACAUUGUUUUAUGAAAGAGCAAUCACUUUAACAAGUAUAUUUAGCACGUUGGUACCUUUCAGUUUCAUUGUGGUGUCCUAUAUUUAUAUUCUAAAAUCAGUUCUACAGAUCCGUUCUACAGAGGGGAGAACUAAAGCCUUUUCCACCUGUGCUUCCCAUUUGACUGUCGUCAUAAUGUUCUAUGGGCCAAGUAUGACCUUGUAUCUGGGACCAUCAGGCUACUUUUCAUUCAGUCAGAAGUAUUUAUCUCUUUUUUAUGGGGUUUUGACCCCCAUGUUAAACCCUUUGAUAUACAGUUUGAGAAAUGAUGAAGUUAGGAAAGCAAUAAGAAAAACACUAAUUUUCUCCAGCUAA